GCAAUUCAAAACCAAUAGUCCGUGAAAAAUACAAAUCGAUGUGUUAUAAUGUAAUGAGAAAUAUUUGUCCUUGUGCGCAUACGGUAUAUAAACUGAGACCUCGAAAGCUACUGAAAACUGUGCAAGGAGGAGCAGCGAAAUUCUCGCGACAUCCCAGAUACGUUGCUAUGUUUAUAAAGUUCAACAAUACACUUCCGGCUUUGAAUACUGAGCAGCAAUGAACACUCAAGGCAAUAUCCUGGACAUUUCUUCGGAGGUGUCAAGCCAGGAAGACAUAGUCUUGGAUGAAGAGGCCCCACUUCUUGUUUUCCGGGUAAUUGGAUGCACAGUUGUCACCUUGUUAGUCGGCUUCACUAUUAUUAUUUAUGUCAGUUCUGGAAUGUUCCAUUUGGAUUGCUUGGCUCAGAUUUGCUCAGAGUCCUGUAUUCUUGCAGCAUACAUGUUCCUUCUAAUGACUACCACUGAAACAUCUCGAAUAGAUACGGGUAUGUGCUUGGCCACAGCUAUUUUCCUCCAUUUUUUGUUCAUCAGUGCCUUCCUGUUUUCUUUACUGGAAGUAGUCUGUAUGUGCCAAGCUCUGAUUUCUUUCUUCCAUAAAAUGGCACCCCUCACUGUCAGCAAUGUUUUGAUCAUUGGAUGGGUUGUUCCUGGCAUCAUCGCUGGAGUGUCGGCCAUUAUAUGGUAUAAAGAAUAUACUACGAAGUCCAACUGUUGGGUAGUUGCAAGCCAACCCCCUUUCUGGCCUACAGUUAUUCCCGUCGGAAUCUGCGUUGCUGUGCAAGUUCUGUUGUUAAUCAUCGUUCUGACUGUAUCAGAUGUGCCUUUAUCCGUCCCUCAGAGCCAAUACAAAAGAGCUAAGUAA